UCGGUCAAGAUGGCUUGAUAUUGGCCUCGUUCUUUUUUUUUUUUUGGCCAAUAUCCAGCCAUCUUGACCUCACACGUGGUCAAAGCGUCCUUAUAAUAGUGCUGGUGUUACGCAACAGUCAAAAUAUAAGGAUUUGUUUGGGGAUAACGGUUCUUUUCUUAGGCCUAAAAAUAUGAACAAAGUGAAUAAAAGUAAACCUUCAUCGCUCAAGGUGUAUGAUUCUUUGUUUCUUGUGAGAUUUCGAGGCCAAUUUAAGGCCAUGUAAGGUAUUUUUUGUUCCACUGCAUGGCCAUAAGUCGGUCUAGAAACCUCAAAAGAAGCAAAGAAAUGAAGCGACCUGUAGCGAGGUAGGUUUAUUUUUAUUCACUACUCCGCGUUCAUUUUAUAGGUAGCAUAUCAAACACGAAAGAUAGUAUCUGAGCACAUUCAAACUGUCAAAUUAAAAACAAAACAAACACCGAGAGGGGAGUUGAAAAUACGACGCGUAGCAGAGUAUUUUUGACGAACUUCGAGGUAUUUGGAAAUGUUUUCAAACACUGUCUUGAAUGUUUGAUAGAUUUUCUCAAUCGAGAUUAAAACUAAGCAGAAAACGGAGAAAUAAAAUAGUGAGAAUCUUUGCUAAUUAAGAUCAGUUGUCCAAAACAUGUAACGGUCAUGAUAUCCGUUGUUUAAACUUGAUGAAUUAUUAGUCUUAUCAAUAAGUUUUUCCCAUUGAAACCGUUAUAAUUCGACUGCUUCGUGACAUUAGUACGCGAGCUUUGGUCAAUGCAAGGCGGGGCUCCUGGUCAAAAACUUGUGACAAUCGUAGAGCUGAAAUGUGUUUUUGUGCUAUGUCGCUUAAGGGCUUAAAAGUUAUAUUGGUAAAUGUUUCUAAAUGUAAAAUAUUCAAUUAAGCUUUGGAAUUAGCGUGAAAUAUAAGUUAAUAUGACCGCCUGAAAGCGAAGACAACGAUAUUUUCGCGGCAAACGUUAAUAAUUAUUAAAAGUAGCCGGAUAUUUUCAGACUGACAAUGUCUGACAGGAAUAUGUCACAAAAUGAAAUUAAAUACACAAGGUUCAUAGUGAACUGAAAGUACUUCAUUGAAAAGAAUGUAAAUGAAUAUGGUGUGUAGUAUUUCAAAACACUGAGAGUAAUCGUUUUAAGUACUUCUGCUCACUGUACUAAGGCUGUGAAGCUGUUCGGUAAUGUUAACGUUUGAAAAGGUGCUUGAUCGUGUUAUUUCAGCAGCUUCAUGUAAUCUGUUUUUGUUUAAGCGAAAAACACUGAGGGAACUAAAAUGAGGGUUUGGAGCGGAUGGUCGCCUAUCGAUAAAAUGGUCAAAAUAUUUUGAAUUUAUGUCGGGUCUGCAAAGUGAUCAAAUUUGCACGGAAAUCCUUUAUGUUGGUCAUUUGGUCGAGCUCUUAGAAUCACCUGAUAAAACUGAUUAAAUAAGGGCUUCAUUUCGUAAUUAAACACAGAUAGGCCCAAAAAAACUUAAAUGGCGGCGCCAAUUUCCUUAUUUAGGGGUAUAUCAGCCUCUUGCAAGACGUUGUACCCGAAGAAUGGACGUAGACCACUCAAUGAGGUUAUUCAUUUCACUGACCCUACCGCUCAAUUGCCAUCAUUUCGAUUCAUUUUAGCUCAAGUACGCGUCCAGAUCUUCAUUCUCGAUAGUUCUGCCCUGUGGGCUAGCAUCCCCAACACUGCUGGUGUCUACUGAGUUAUGUGAUUAUUGCAUUGGUAUUUUAUUUGGAUAUUUAUAUCGUUAUUAAGGAACAAUAGCUUCAAACGUUACCGACCAUCAAAAUGCUUCUAAGAUUUCGAUGGAACUAACUACUGCAAAGUAGUAAUGAAUUGUUGAAUUGGGAUAUUAAGACUGAAAUGGCAACAUGUGCCUUCAUCUUCUCAAAGCUAACUUGGAAUGGCACGAGGGUUCAAGAAAAUAAAAACAACAAACUUAGUUUGCUUAAUUAGCACGGUAACUAGUCGCGGGUAGAUUGCGAAGAUAAGACAAUCACAUCCAUUACGAGGUCCAUUUCCUCUGGUCUCUCUUUCCUUUUAUACUCCAAGACGUUAUGGUGAGAUAAAAAGUAUUCAGCUUGGGUCAGCGCCACAGCUGGUAUCAAGCGACAUCUAAAUACAUGAAUGGGUAACUGAAGAUGCAACUCACUAGCUUGGAGGGAGAGCAAUUUCUGAGCGUACAAUUGGUGUGCAAAAUGCGCUACAUCAUGUCGAGAAAACAACACUAACAAGAAAUAAAUGUUUCAUUCCCAGAUCUACGGACAUUCUAUUUUAUUCAUGCAGUGCUUUGCAUCGACCCUUGUCAUUUAUUCAAGCAGCCCUGUUUUUCAACAUUAGUACUCCUGUUUUUUUUAAAAACUGGCAGGCACUUGACCUUAGAUAACUGCGGUUGUAUCAAAAGCCCUCAUCGCCCCCAACAGUGCUAAUGAGUCUCCUCCUGUCUGCGCGGAUUUUUUUGUCUGUCUCCUAUCAGGAAGGCAGCAACUGACGUACUAAGAAUUAUUUCAUUUUCUCAUAAUGUUUUCCAGGUGUUGCCGUGAAAAUCUGCCGUCUACAUGUACGUGUUUUGUCAAAGUUUCUAUUUAUUAAGACUUUGAAGGAGAACACAUGCAACACUUAUCGAUAACUGUCGCAACGUACUGUGAAAUUCUAGGGUAUUAAAUAAACAUGUCAUAACAACUUUUUUUUUUUUUUUGCGGGAUAACAUUUUCAUUAUAGUCAUAAGUCAAUAUCAAUUACAUGUGCUCUGUUACGUAAAUGUUUGAGUCUAGCAUAAUGUAUGUUAAGGUCGAAUCCAAAUAAAACCCAAAUCAUGCAUUUGACGAAGAUGAAGACGUUAUCAACUUGAAUCAUAGGCUCCCAUAUGUCCAUGUGUAGUUACCCUUGUCGGGGGAGUGAGCGGGUGUCGAAGUGGGGUGGGGAGAAGACUUCUCCUAAGUUGAGUGGGUUCUGAGCUGCUUCAGGUUUGAAACAGAGUCGAGGUUUGAAAUUACGACCUACAAGACCUAUAUGUUGUUGUUGGGAUAUACUUAUACCAUGCAAGACAAAAGGUAAAGUUACUUGAUUUAGUAAAACAUCAAAUACUACCUGACCAAUGCACGUUAGAUUAAAGGAACCACUCGGCAGACCUUGCAGUCGCCCUCCAAAAAUCCCAAGGGUCAUCCCCCGGUGCACCCGUGACACGCACGGACUGUGUUAUAAUUGGGUCAUAUAAAAAGAAAACAAGUCAUCAGAACUCAUAUCGAUAAGGACAGUCAACUGACAAUAACUGAAUAGCUUACUGCUGUGCGGCUCAUCACAAGCAAAGAGCCUAUCAAGUUUGCUUUGUGAAAGUGUACCAUCACCAAAACGCGUUAAUUGUGCCUACUGACCGUCAUUCACUUACGGAUUUAAUGGAUUUAAAGGGAUUCAGACGAUAAACUCAGUUGGUGCAACACGAUGGCAGAGUGGUCAUCUUCAACCGUCGCCCAAAAUCUUUCGACCUCGCCGGCAACAGACCCAACGUUCGCGAAGACAUCACCAAUGGAACCUGCUGGAGAUCUCGAAUCUUACGAGCAAGCUUACAAGAUCACUCUUACGAUCCUUUUUUCAGCAGUGAUCUUUUUCGGAGUUUUGCUCAACUCCAUCAUAGUCUUCACAGUAUACCGUUGGCCAGAGAUGCGGACGCCAUGUAAUCUUCUGAUUGUGAACAUAGCGGUUAGCGACCUGGCCGUGGCGUCCUUGGUAGCGCCAUUGCGGAUCAUAGAAGUGUUUGUCGGCUGGCCCUUUGGGAACUUCUUAUGCGAGGUUCUCUUUCCCAUGCAGGAGUUAUUCGUUACUGUAUCGGUUGUCACGCACACAACGAUUGCUCUGGAGAGGUUUCGAGCCAUCGUGCGGCCCUUGAAAAGACGUUUGUCGCUGCGGAAUACCAAGCUAAUAAUUUUCGCGAUAUGGCCCGCAUGCUACAUUACUUCUUCGUUGCCGCUCGCUCCCAUAUUGAAGGUGCAGCCAGACGACGGUAUGGACUUGUGUCAGCCUCAGUGGCCGUUCGAACUUUAUCGUCCGAUUUACCAAGUGUAUCUAGUGAUUUUGUUCAUCGCUAUCCCUCUCUUCAUUCAAACUAUGGCUUAUUUCAAGAUUCUAAAAACACUGAAGACUAGGUUAACGCCACUAUGCGCGCUACCUCUAAACAGAAAGUUGUCUCGCGCGAUACAAUAUCGAAAGCGCAAGAGACUUAUAAAGACUCUUACAAUCUUGGUUUUUGCUUUUCAAGUGUGCUAUAUUCCUCGCGGAGUUAUGAUGAUAGUCGACGAAUUUGCCCAUGGCGAUUUGGACAUGAACAGUUACAUGUAUGCUUUCCUGGUGACAUUGAUUUUAUUUUAUCUGAAACACGUCAUGAAUCCCAUAAUUUUGUUCGCCACAAGCAGAGACUUUCGCCGCUGGAACUUUCUCCAAAUUUUCUGCCAUUGACAAUGUUUAAGCGAACAUUUUGUUAAAAAAGGUUAUUGACCUCUCACAGAUAAUGAGUUCUUUUCGAGUUUUUAGCCUGUGAUUGUACGUUUAACAUUUAAGGGCGAACUGUCGGUUAUGUACUCGUUCAUGUUUGAGCUGAAAACUCAGCUGAAAAAACAACUUUUCCUCCUAACAAAUAGAUUUCGACAACCUUUUACGCUAGCACGUCACCCUUAAUGAAAAAACGACAAAUUUAUGUGUCUAGGAUUAAUUUAAUUCCGACAUUUCUAGUAGAAAGACAUAAUUAAGGUACUUCUUGCCUUACACAUUGACGUUAUGAAAAAUGAGAAGCGCCUAAAUGGCCGGAUAUAUUUUCUUUCGGGUUUAAUUUCCUUUGACUUUCGAAUUCUUCAACUGUCGUGAUGUUGUGGUAAAUAAUGUAUGGUGUAUGUGAUGUAAAAGAGAAACGAACAGUCAUUAGCGUUAAUUAGUAAUAUAGUUUGGUGUGUGAAAAAAAAAGGUUAGAAUGUAUGAUUGUAAUUUCUGAUGCGAAUGACAUUUCAGAUGUAGGACUGAUUAAAUUACAUUUCUUUCACCAGUGAAA